AUGCUGUACACUUUAGCAGGAGGGGGCACACUCUGUGGUGUGGCCGCCCUCGUGCUCCUCAUAGUCUCCACUGCAACCGACUUCUGGAUGCAGUACCGCUAUUCAGGCGCCUCGGCCAACCAGGGCCUCUGGAGGUUUUGCAUCAAUCACAAGUGCCAUGCCCACACCAUCACUGUGGCCUUCUGGGAUGCGACGAGGGCCUUCAUGCUGCUGGCCGUGCUGAGCUGCUUCGCUGGUGUGGUGCUGGGCCUGAGUGCCUUCGCCAAUGGCACCAAGAGCAGGAGGGUCCGGAUGGGGGGCAUCGCUCUGCUCCUCUCAGGUUUUCUUGCUCUGUUAGCUCUGGCCAUCUACACGGGCGUGACUGUCAACUUUUUUGGCAAGCGCUUCCUUGAUUGGCGUUUCUCCUGGUCCUACAUCUUAGGUUGGGUGGCCAUCAUCUUAACGUUCGUUGCUGGUGUGUUCCAACUCUGUGCCUACCAGAAGAACAUUUCCGAACCUAACAUUCAAGAAAGCUAA